ACACUGCGUGGUGUGGUUAUUUCUUAAUUCAAAAUGUGUUAGUGGUUUCUUUACAAAGUUUGGUCCCAUGUAAAGUUAAUCUAAAUUCUUACAUAACGUAUCUUGUAUAUUUAAUUCUAAAUUUCCUAUUUUAAAAAAUUCUCUUACUUUAAGUGAUCAUAUUUCGCUUAUUAGACUCACGAUAAUGAUUUUUAAGUGAUUUGAUGGCUUGCCCUUUCUUGGUCACUACAUUGUUUUCCUUGUGCAUAUAGUAAUAAAAAGCAUCGGAAGUUUCAUGAUGGGAUUAUUAUAAUGCUUGCGAAUUUUAGUAUAGUAAAAGGAAAAUGGCCAUAUCUUCAGUAUUAGAGACUAGUACCAUGCAUUCUGCUAAUGGAAUGCAGAAAGAGGUGUUGGAAUCAUCAGCUAAGAUGGUUGAUGCUCAGAUGCAGUAUGACAAUUCAUAUCCUGAAAUGAUUGAGAGUUUAAAAAUGAAUGGAGCUACUCUGCCAACAGUGAGUGGUUUAAAUGACCAAGAUUAUCCUGGGGUAUCUGAACUGAGUAUAAGUCUUCAUUCACUAGCACAGCUGAAUUUGCUGAAACGAAUUCCAUUGCCAUCUGAACUAGUUGAGCAGUUUGGCCUUAUGCAGAGCAAUUGUCAGAUGGGACUAUUUCCAGAGGUUGGCCGGGCAUGGCUAACAAUUGACAGCAAUAUAUUUCUUUGGUCUUUUCAUGAUGGAAGUGACCUGGCUUAUUAUGAUGGUCUUAAAGAAACUAUUUUAUGUGUGGGUCUUGUAAAACCCAAGCCAGAUAUUUUUCAAAGCUUCAUUCACUACUUAUUAUGUUUAACUACACCUGUUGAAAUAAUAGUCCUAGGAGUCAACUUUACCAGACAAAAUGAAAAUUCAUCACAGUUUGAAGAGAUGCAUUUGUUGCCAGAACCUCUGUUUUCUUAUCCAACUGAUGAUAUUCAUAUGUGUGCUUUUCAUGGAACUGAAAGUGGUCGUAUAUUUCUUGGAGGCAAAGAUGGAGCAAUUUAUGAAUUUGCAUAUCAAGCUCAAGAUGGUUGGUUUAGCCGCAAAUGUCGUAAAAUCAAUCACUCAAGCAGCACUUUGUCUUUUCUUGUGCCUUCUUUUCUUAGUUUAGCAUUUACAGAAGAUGAUGCUGUUCUUCAAAUUGCUAUUGAUAACAGUAGGCAUAUACUGUAUGCAAGAUUUGAAAAAGGUUCCAUACAAGUGUUUGAUUUAGGAAAAGAUGGUAAACAAAUGAGCAAAGUGUGCACAUUACAUCAGCAUGCUAUGGUUCAACAGGCAUCUGCUAGUGCAUGCACCAUCGACAAAAAGAAUUUUUAUCCUGUUGUUCAUAUUAGUGCCAUUGAAGCUAAUGAAUCAAAGCAUGUUCAUCUCAUUGCUGUAACUCAGUCUGGUGUGAGGUUGUACUUCACAACAAAUGGUAGUUUUGGGGACAGCAGACCAUAUAUAUUAUCUCUACUUCAUGUCCGUCUUCCUCCUGGUUUCACAGCAAAUGCAGCUGUAGCUAGGCCAUCAAAUGUACACAUGGCAUAUUACAAAAGAGGUUUUCUGUUAUUGGCUUCAUCACAGACUGAGGAUAAUGAUGUUAUAUUUGCUACAAGCAAUGACUCUUUUGCAUUUUAUUCUCAAAUUAUAGAAACUCAUACCACAGUGAUGUUGGAUGGUCAUGCUUGGGCAAUUGCAGAAGUGCCAGCUGAUUCUCAUGUUAAGCAAACAGUUCCUUCAAAUGAUUCAGGAACAUCUUGCGAUCCACCAGUUUUAGUAACACAGCACAGAGAUCCUCCAAGGAAAUUUGUGUUUCUUUCUGCACAGGGUAGUUUUCUGUUUAGAAAACCAAGGCCUGUUGAUCAACUGUACAAACUCUUGCUUGAUAAUAAAGGACCUGAUGCUGAAGCUGUAAAGGCCUUUUUCAUGAUUCAUAAGGAAGCUCAAGCAUGUGCUAUGUGUCUCAUUCUGGCUUGUUCUCAGAAUCUCCAAGAAAGUAAG